GAAAAAUAAUAAUAUUAAUAAUUAUAAUUAAAAUGAUUCAAUCGUGGAUGCCACAACAAAUUCCCUCUUCUUAUACAAACUCUCCCCCACCACCGCGUUUUCAUCAAAAUCCCAUUUACCAAAAUGGCCGAGCCGAGAAAAUCCCCCUCGCCGGCGCCGCCUCUACGGUCAUCUCCGCAGUCGUCACCACUGCCGGCAAUUUCACUCCAACCAUCUCCAAAACGAUCAGGUUUCUCAAAGCCUACAAAACUCCUCCGGCAAGUCCGCUCCGUCUUCCGUACACUUCCGAUUCUGUCGCCGGCGUGUCGAAUUCCACUAAACGGCAGUCGGCUACACGACGGCUACGUACACGGCGGCGCUCGGAUCACUGGAACGAUCUUCGGUUAUCGGAAGUCGCGAGUGAAUUUGGUGUUCCAAGAAAGCCCUAGGUGCCUCCCGAUUUUGAUUUUGGAACUGGCGAUUCCGACGGGGAAACUCCUCCAGGACAUGGGGCAAGGGCUCGUCAGGCUCGCGUUGGAGUGCGAGAAGCGGCCGUCGGAGAAGAGGAAGAUUCUGGAAGAGCCGAUUUGGACAUUGUACUGUAAUGGAAGAAAAUCGGGAUAUGGAGUUCGGAGAGAUCCGUCCAGUGAGGAUAUGAAAAUUAUGCAGACUUUGAACGCGGUGUCGAUGGGCGCCGGCGUGAUCCCGGCGGAGGAAGCGGCGGAGACGGCGGACGGUGAUCAAUUGACGUACAUGAGAGCGUAUUUUGAGCGAGUGACUGGAUCCAAGGACUCGGAGACGUUCUACAUGAUGAAUCCCGAUAGCAAUAAUGGUGCUGAACUCAGUGUUUUCUUGGUUAGAAUUUAAAU